GUUGUGACUCGCUUGGGUGUGUCGCGAGUGUCACGAUGAGGCUGUUUGGCGUUGUUUUUGCUUUCGCCGUUCUUGGUUCGGUUACGAGUCAGAGGACUCCUACAAUAUCAUAUAUUUCACAAGAGCAAAUCAAGGACAUCGGUGGAACUGUUGAGUUUCAGUGUUCGGUCCAGCAUGCCCAAGAUUUUCCAGUUUUAUGGAUAAAAGACAAGAGAGAAAGUGGUCACGAUCAAUUACCACUUUCGACUAACUCAGCUUUGAUCGUGCGAGAUAGUAGAUUCUCUUUGAGACACGAUAAAGCAUCCUCUACUUACAAUUUGCAGAUCAAGGAUAUUCAGGAAACGGACGCUGGGUUCUACCAGUGCCAGGUCUUAAUCUCAGUAAACAACAAAAUCUCCGCCGAAGUAGAAUUACAAGUCCGCAGACCGCCAAUUAUCAGCGACAAUUCCACGCGUUCCCUUGUUGUCAGCGAAGGUCAACCCGUGCAGCUGGAAUGUUAUGCCUUUGGGUUUCCAACUCCAAGGAUAUCUUGGCGCAGAGAGAACAACGCCAUUUUGCCCACUGGUGGCUCCAUCUACAGAGGCAACACGUUAAAGAUAUCAGCUAUUCGGAAGGAAGACCGAGGAACGUAUUAUUGUGUUGCUGAAAACGGUGUUGGACGCGGAGCGAGGCGCAACAUCAACGUUGAAGUCGAAUUUGCGCCAGUGAUUACAGCGCCACGCCCUCGACUCGGUCAAGCUUUGCAGUACGACAUGGAUUUGGAGUGUCACGUGGAGGCCUAUCCUCCGCCGGCCAUAGUUUGGCUGAAAGAUGACGUUCAAUUGACCAAUAGUCAGCAUUACAGCAUAUCGCAUUUCGCAACUGCGGAUGAGUACACCGAUACAACGAUUCGAGUGAUUACUAUCGAGAAAAGACAAUAUGGCGAGUUCGUCUGCAGGGCUGCCAACAAAUUGGGUACCGCCGAGACCAAAGUUGAACUGUUCGAAACCAUUAUUCCUGUUUGUCCACCGGCUUGUGGUCAAGCCCACUAUGGAUCAGGCGUAAUUCCAAUUUCUUCAGGACCUUUGAUAGCCUUAGCUGUAAUUGUUGCAACAAUGUUGAGAAAUUUCUAUGCCAAAUAUUAAUUACCCAGGGCUACAAUGGGCAGCUGCACGUCGUUGCAUCGCAUCUAAAUGGUUACUCGCAUUGUUGGGCAUCGCCAUUUUCUCUAGAUUCUAAACACUUAAGGGCUGCAGUUUAACGUCUAAUUGAAGUUAUCGUGCGUUUAUUUUUCUAGUUACUUGCAUUGGACAAGUGAGACAAAUGUAACAACCCGUUUUGUAUCGCCACUAGGGUCCAACAAUGUACGAGAGUUGGCUGCGUCGAGUACCAACAUUCCAAUUACGCGUAAAAAUGCGUUACGACAAAAGUGAACGCAGAUUGUCCUGCGUUAAUCUCUUGUCAUUAUCAGUACAACUGACUUGACGAAGGGAUACUCGGAUAUUAAUGUUAUUAACAUGUUUGAUAUUGAAUUACUUGCGAUUGAAUUGGCCAUUAUAGACAUCGCACGAGUCCAAUUUCUGAUAAGUAAACGAUUGUUUUUUUAAUCCUUUAUUUUACAAUGUAAAUUAAACGAGUACAUUUUAUAUCAACUUGACGGUAGAUAAUUGAGUACAACGGUUACUUUCACUGCCACAUUCGUAAUCACUUUAUGGUACUUACAACCAGGGUUGGGUAAGUAUAAUACGUCAUGUAAUAUACGUGGUUCUCUACGUGUAUAUUACAACGUAUAGUACGUCCAAAGUUUUCUACGCGAGCGCAAAGUACAUUGCGCUCUUUUCUUUUUAUUUAGAAAUUUCAUAUUAAACAGAGUUAAGUCGAAAGAACUUGAGCACAAACGCCGAAUGCAUUAUUUCUUAAGAAUUCUUACGUGUUUAUAUGCGCGCUAAAAGACGUUAACCUCGGGAAUACAUAUAUCAUGCAUCCGUGGAAUCCGCCAUAUUGAAAACCUAAAAGCGCCAAAUUAAUCCAUUGUUCCUUAUAAUAUUUCCGUGUUUACAUGCGUGCUAAAAGACGUUUAUACCUAGCAGACGCCGUAUAUCGUCCAUCUGCGGCAUUCCUCAUAUUGGAAACGUAAUUUCCUGGUUUUCUACGGUUUUCUCCGGUAAACUACUUUGUUACGUAAUGGACGUGAAGAGUCUCGAAAAAUGGGGAAUUACC